CCUGGUCAGCACCUUGCUUUUUUGGCUUCUCGCGUACAUAUGGACAGAGGCCCUCCUCAACGAGCUUCUAAUCAAGAAAAAAUUGGACAAUUUGCCGUCGAGUGACGCGGUGAACAAUGGUUUCAUCUGCUGACAUUGCUAUUCGCACGUCUUAGCCACUUACAGUCGUCAAGCUGUCCGCACCUACCCGCCAACUCGUCUCGGCUGAAGAGAGAGGAGAGCAGAGACAACUUCGUACCAAAUCUCCAGCGAACUGAGUAGUAACUGAGACAAGAGUAGAGACGAACAGUGUCCAAAUCGGCAAACGAUGAGGUUGCGCGUCACGGUGACCUACCUCGCUCACAUUGCGGCCAUAUUGCUCUUUCAGUGCACAGCCGCAGACCAGUGGAAUCCGAGGGCUGGCUGUCAUUUAGUUGGCUACCAAAAGGAGGUCCGUAUACCCGGCUGUCACACGGCCUGGGUGAGGAUGAAUGCCUGCCGAGGAUACUGCAUGACGUACUCCUUCUUGUCAGACUCGGCUACGCUAGAGAGAAGUGGUGGCACUCAACUCUUCACAUCACACGGGUCAUGUUGUGUGAUAACGUCAACACACGAUGUCCACAUCACGUUGCAGUGCGAAAACAACCAAGUUUACAAAGACACGUUCAAGUCGGCCAGGACCUGCAAUUGCGCCCUCUGUGCAAUCCCGUAGCCGAUGAUCUAUGCUCUUGAGGGAGACAGCGGCAUUUUUGAUGGGGGGCAAGUGGUAUAACAAUUAAUUAUAAGUGGUUUUGACAGUGGAUGUAAUUUUGACUUGAGUUUGUUUCACCUGUUUUACGGGACAAAAGUCUGACAGCGCAGAAUUUUGAAAUAUAUUAAAAAUUGCUUGCAUGGGAUUUGAUAUUCGGCUGUUACCUUGAUCAACACAAACUGGACGAGUAACUCAAGUGCCAAUUAAGUGUACAUGAUAAACAUCUAUGUAACUGUACAUUCAACACAGGAUAAUGAGUGUAUAAAGAUCCGCAAAAUCAAUGUUUCAACUAAUGAAUUGACAGUGGAGAUCAAAAUGAAAGGAAUAUGACAGUUUCACGUUGCAGCUCUUUCUCAACGACGUCGUGGAUUUGUUUUGAAGUAAUUGUAUUAACAGUAAGGACCGUUUCCACUCUCCAAUCAUAAAGCAUAGAUUAUGAUGUCAUGAGGAGUACAUGUAUAAUCAUAAGCCGACGAUUUACUACUGUAGAUCUUUUCUUUUGAUGCCAACUAACAAAUAGGCCUUCUAACAAUUUAGUUGCUAGGGUGAAUUGGUAAUAACUUACUGAACCUCAUCGCUGCAUCAGCUGACUUAGAGGAAUUUGGAGGAGAAUUUAGAGGAACGAAGCUGACUUAUAGGAAUUUGGUGUAUAAAAACCUGAGACGCCUAGGUUAAUAAACAGCGAGAUGAUAAUUGUUUGAAAUAAAAAAAAGCGGGACUUACCAGAUACGAAGCUUGUCUGGUGUGACACCUUAAAAUACCUUCCAACAUUUCGUAACACCCCUCAUUCCCGAGAGAGAGUAGCUUUUUCAAGUCAUGGAGGUAAAAACAGCCGCGUGCAAUGUAGAGGAACGUAAUUUUGCAGGCCCCCUAUAUUUCCCCAUAUUUAUUUUGUGUUCUCAUAUGUAGUGACUACCGGACACUUCGACAAUGGGUGUUUCAGAUAAAGAACGCCCUCCUUUGAUCAAGAUAAGUCAUCUUUUAGGAUUACUUUAGUUUAGCUGGUGAUGCUGAUAGCGCCCAUCUCUAUUUUAACUGGCCGCCGUCUUGCUUCACCCUACAAGCUACCGACCCCACGCGUAAGCGUGCAUGUUCGAGGAGAAAGUUUAAGAAUUUUAGUCUUGAAAUCGCAAAAAGCUUCACGCAUCACGUGGGCAGUACGAGGGCCUAUUUCAGGGCCUUUUGGGUGCAGCUUGAUUUCAUGAAAAGUUGUUAGACAGUCCUGUUUCGUCGUGAAGUUUAGUCGAAAAGAUAAGUAACAUAAUUGGCCGAUUUUCGCCUUAUCUGGGUUGAAGCAUCCCCGCGCAAAUACGUGUAGGCGUUAACCCUGUGGUGCGCGCGUGGAGAACAAAAUCCUAUCCAAAUCAAUGUCGACGUGGCACCAAGUGAAGUCGGCUGGCCGCCCGGUCUGUGGUCUCCACAAUGAAACAGACCAAUCAGUUGCACUGGCCUCCUGUCCCGUUAGCUUAGAGUGACUGAUUGUACGCACCUCCAUAUUUUGAAGUCCAGGCGAUGGUACAUUUUUUGUUCGUCACAGAAGCAAUCGAUUGGAAUCAUCGUAAUUUUUUUAAAGUUAUUGGUGAACCUUUUAACGAAUUAAUUGCUAACCACUUUUGAAAUUCUCCACGCCAUUGUAGGAUUUCCCGUUUUUCAGUAGCCUCUAUUUGGAGACAUGUCAGUAAGCUGGAUGUAUCGUUGUGGAGUUUUGCCGUCUUUUUUGUCUAUUUUUGCUGAGGGCAUUUCAGUGAUCAUAGGGCAUAAACUUUUCCAAAUUUCGCAUUUAUGAGCAAAGACUGACGUCACAUUGGGCAACAAUUUGGUGUUAAUGUCAAUUUCGCCGUCCUUCAACCAUCAGAGUCUAAGUGAGUUCUUGACAAUCUUUAUUGUGACAUAAUGUCCCACUUAUACCUACUUUUUCAGUGACGGAAUGAAAGUGAGUCAAGAGUCGAUCGCAUGAAUUGAAACAGACCACAUUUACCUCUCAAUGAAAAAGGAAACCCAUUAAUUUUUAGAAGUUCACUUAUUUUUAUUUCGAUCAGUUGAUUUUGAUCAAAUUGUCCUCAGACAAACUGAGAGUGCUCCAGAAACUGUCACAACGGUUUUGUAAAUGGCAAACAACAUUUACAAAAACAACAAUGUGAGGGGACAAGUUUUGAAAAGAUUAAACAUCAAAUGGUAUUUAUUACAAUCAUCGACGAUGGCAAAUCGGAUUAAUCUAAAAUUACCCCUGCCUUUAUUUUCAUAUUGUUAUUUUUACAAAACGAUUUGAUCCUGCCGAUCUAGCUACAUAACUUACAACGACAGACAAACCACCGGACAUUGAGCAGCUUAGCAAUGAGAAAGCCUAUUUCUACGAAACAAUUCUCGAAGAAGGGGGUUGUUUGCAGCAAAAUGAUGAAUGACACAUGAAUCAGUUUAAUAUGCAACUGUCGCGGUUGGCAAUCUCACACUCUUUCUUGAGGUGAUUUGUACUCAUUUGUAGGACGCCGGUCAAAUAUUCCUCUCUCAUACAUGUAAUUGCUUUCAGUUUUCACGGAGCUUUUUCAUAGUGGCGUUCAGUAUGUACUAUUUCUUCGUCAGGUGAAAGUGUUGAGCCCUCAACUGUCUGUAAUAGACCCUAAUGCAGCGUAGAUUUAGAAAACGUUACAUUCAAAAUUCAUUUUAGAUAAAGUAAAAUGUCAGUGUCAAAUUUGGAAACAUUGAAGUUAUUUGGGGAAUCAGUAGAUACACUUCAUUGGAUUAUGAAAAAAAUAAACUUUGAAACUUU